AAGGCAAAAAAAUAAAAAACGGAAAAAGAAGGACAAGGAAUUUGUGAUAUUUGCUUUCUUCCAUCCGCUCGUCGAUAGGCGUUCGCUGAUUGUGGUCGGUCAGGUCUUUUGGAUGGGAAGGUGAAGAAGACUCCGUUGGUCGGAUCGAUUCGGAGGCGGAACGGUAUUCUGGCUCUGACGACAAGAGUUGGAACAGCCGAUGGGAACGCGUUGAAUGAGGUUGCCGUGGUUGUUCUUUCGGAGCAUUGGCAUGUAAAUGUCUACCAAACAAGAAUACGACGAUACCAGCAAUUCUUCAGGUUAUUCAAGUCCACUAGGAAGGCUAGAAAACCUAUUGAGUCAUCCAAGUAAUAGAUAUUGUGCUGAUUGUGGCUCCCCAGACCCAAAAUGGGUCUCACUGAAUCUUGGAGUGUUUAUAUGUAUCAAAUGUUCUGGGGUACACAGAAGUCUUGGAGUUCAUAUCUCUAAGGUUAUAUCAGUGAAGUUGGAUGAUUGGACAGACGAACAGGUUGAUUCCUUAAUUGACGGGGGUGGUAAUGCUGCUGCAAAUGCUAGAUACGAAGCCUUCUUGCCUGACAAUAUUAUAAAGCCAAAACCUGAUUCUUCAAUUGACGAACGCUCUGAAUUUAUCAGGAGAAAGUAUGAACUGCAACAGUUUUCAAGCUCUAAUGUACAAAUUGGAUAUGCAAUGUCUCCUGACGCCAACACAUCUUUUCAGAACAAUGUUACAAACAACAAACUUCUUGAGAAGCAACAUACUGGAAUUCGUCAUGGUCUAGGUCAUGCAUUUCGCAAUAGCUGGAGAAAAAAGGAAACUGAACAUAAGGCUGUCAAGAAAAUGAUGGGCAUGGUCGAAUUUGUUGGAUUAAUUAAGGUUAACAUAGUUAAGGGCACCAACUUAGCUGUUCGGGAUAUGAUGACUAGCGAUCCAUAUGUUAUCCUGAACUUGGGACACCAGUCAAUGAAAACACGCGUGAUAAAGAGCAGUUUGAACCCUGUAUGGAAUGAAAAGCUGAUGCUGUCAAUACCAGAUCCUAUCCCACCUUUGAGGCUGCAAGUGUACGACAAGGACACUUUCUCGACUGAUGAUCGCAUGGGGGAGGCUGAAAUAGAUAUCCAGCCGCUCGUGGCAGCUGCGAAAGCAUACGAAAAUUCCAGCAUCUCCGAGUCCAUGCAGCUUGGGAAAUGGUUGGCCACUGAUGACAACACAUUGGUCAAAGAUAGCGUAAUAUCCCUUGUUGAUGGCAAAGUAAAGCAGGAGAUUACCCUCAAACUUCAAAAUGUCGAACGUGGUGAGCUGGAGAUCGAACUCGAGUGUGUCCCUCUCAGUCAAUAAUUAUGGAAGAGAAACCAGAAAAUAAUUUGUACAAACUCUCCCUUUGUUUUUGGUAUAUGUAGUCCUGCAGGAAAUCUUAGCUUUAGCAUAAUGUGAGUUCUGUUAACUGGUUGUAAUAUAUGAUAGUGCCUUUUUAGUUGUCAUUAGUACGUAAGAAGCAGCAGCAAACCUGACAAAACCAUGUCUCAUGAUAUGACUUGCGAGGAAAAUGUAAAAUGUGUGCGAAUCACGCAGUGGAAGCAACAACUGUAAUGUCCGUCCAAAAUUAGAAAUACGAUCUCAUGUAUCUCGUUA